UUCUUAGUAUGAAUGUUUGCACAGUAAUCUCCUGCUGAUCCUGUCUGUUGGGUGAGGUGCCGUUGGACAGGCAGAGCAGCUUAGGUAGCCAGAGAACACAGAGCUAAGAAGGACAGAAGAGAACAUCACCAACAAGAUAUAUACUCUUUUUCCACCAGAUUAAGACAUUAACAAAAAUAAAAAGGAAGGAGGAACACAGGAAAUAAUGGAUUUUGAGAGAAGAGGAAAGCGAAUGCUCCAGAAUGUGGAAUGACCCAGUAGACACUCCGUACUGGUGAGAAUAGAUGGACCUGGGGUUCUAAUGUGGCUCUGGGACACACAGGAAGUCGCUCUUUUCUUCAGCAUCACAUUGUAUGUGUGCCACCUAGCCGGAGCCAUCUCAAUACGGUCUCCUCAGCAGAGUCUGACCAGGCCUGUCCAACAGGAUGUAUUGUUCUCUGUGGACAUCUCCUGUGUUGGGAUUCCCACAGUACAGUGGACCUUUAUGUCUGGCAGGGUGAGCAGAGACAUUGGGGUGUGGCAACCUGGGGGGUUUACAAAUGUAUCAGAGGACUACAUGGACAGAAUCCUCACGUACACUAAUGGAUCUAUGGGACUGUCGGAUCUACGUAUUCAGGACACUGGCUUCUACGUGAUCACUGUGACUGAAAUGUCCGGGAGCAGCAAAGAUGCAGGAUUUGUCUUGAAUGUGGAAGAGGUUCUGUAUGAAGACCUCCAGUACCUGGCAGUGUUUGCUGUAGUGCUGGCCUCCCUGGCUGGCUUUCUCAUGGUCUCCAUGUGGCUCAUGGACAAAGCCUACAGACAGGUCAAUGCAUGGAGACAGAGGAGGCAGAUGCCAGAGAAUGAUGUAACUGAGCUGCAACCUCUCUGAUAUGAAGAACUGAGAAAGCCAGAUGGGACUGCCCAACAACCAAUAUGAGCUAAAAUGAAAGACUCAUUUUAUAAAUCAAUGAAAGCAUCCACAGAGUGUAAAUGUCACCAAGUUACUGAUUCCAGGAACAGAUGAAGGAUUAUCAACCUACGUGCCUCAAGACGAGCUGCAUGUAUUAUUUUACUGUACAUGAAAACUGUAUGCACAACUGAUAUUAGUCCACCAGAUUUUAUGUAAGGACACACACUGACAAGUGGAAACAAAAUAUCUUUUUAUUUUCACAGCUAUUUUCAGGUUCUUUUACUGUAACAUUUAAAAUAUACAAUGGAGGUCGGAAGUUUACAUACACUUAGGUUGGAGUCAUUAAACCUUGUUUUUCAAUCACUCCACAAAUUUCUUGUUAACAAACCAUAAUUUUGGCAAGUCGGUUAGGACAUCUACCUUGUGCAU